CAAGAGGGAAAAAAACACAGGACGAGAAAAUUAUGCUUUGUUUCACACACUCAUCAAAAUCUGUCACAACAAGAUUAAAAUUUGAAUGAAGAAAAAAAGGACAAGUUUUUGAGAGAUCAAAAAAAACUUGGUCCAUGAAAAAGCCCCUCUUUGGCUGAUUCGUUCUUCUAGCUCCCCAAACACACACACACACAACAUCUCGAAAUGCAUUGACAAGUCAUUUUCUUUCUUGAAUAUUAUUGAUUUCUUUGAUUCUCCAUUCGUUUUAAACGCAUUUUCUCAAUCUGGGUAUUCAUGAUUUCUGUGAGAAACUCUUUCUUCCAGUCCUAUUCUGUCUUGGUAUUCGACGAAAGUCCACAAUGAGCAAAGAACAGAGCGGAAUGAUAAAGGCAUGGGAGGCCACCAUACGCAAAACCCAGGCCGCAAAGAAGCGAGCGAACAGCAUAUUCGGCACAAUCUCAAUCGCACACGCAGAUGAUGAAAACGAAGAAGACAAUGACAACAGUGGUUCAACCAAAUUGGAGCCAUAUCAUACAGAGAAAAUACUCCCAAAUGGGGACUAUUACACAGGCCAAUGGUACGACAAUUUUCCGAAUGGAAAAGGUAAGUAUUUGUGGACAGAUGGGUGUAUGUAUGUCGGAGAAUGGCACAAGGGGAAGACAAUGGGGAAAGGGAGGUUCAGUUGGCCUGGUGGAGCUACAUAUGAAGGGGAAUUCAAGAGUGGGUAUAUGGAUGGGAUUGGGACCUUUACUGGGUCAAAUGGAGACACUUACAGAGGACAAUGGGUGAUGAAUUUGAAGCAUGGACAUGGUGUGAAGAGUUAUGUUAACGGUGAUUGGUAUGAUGGGUUAUGGAGAAGAGGGUUGCAAGAAGGGCAAGGGAGAUAUCAAUGGAAGGAUGGGAAUUACUAUGUGGGUGAUUGGAAAAAUGGGGUAAUUUGUGGGAAAGGAAGUUUUGUAUGGACUGAUGGAAAUAGAUAUGAUGGGUGUUGGGAAGAUGGUGUGCCUAAAGGUCAAGGGACUUUCAAGUGGCCUGAUGGGAGCUUCUAUGUGGGAAAUUGGAGUAAGGAUCCUAAUGAACAAAAUGGGACUUGUUACCCUUCAGCGUCAUCUUUGGAGGACAAUCUUGAAUGGGAUCCUCAAGAUGUGUACAAUGUCUAUUUGAAAGAUUGUCUUGUUUGUCCGGGAGAGAAGGUUUCGAUAUUGCCAUCGCAGAAGAAACUUGCGGUGUGGAAUUCGUCAAAGGGUGAGGAUAAGCUCAGGAGGAUGUCUGUUGACGGGAGGGUAAGUGUAGGCAUAGAGAGGGCCUUCGAUAGAAUGAAUAUAUGGGAAGGUGAUCAUGGUGGUGAGAGUACUUUUGAUGGCAGUAGUGAUAAUGGGAAUAGGAGAGAUUUGGGUGAUAAUGAUUUGUUGGGAUUAUAUGAUGAUCAUGAUCAAGGGACUGGUAGUCUACUUCCAAGGGGGGUUCCACUAAGAGUACCAAAAACAGUGAAAAGGCAAGGAGAGACAAUAUGCAAAGGGCAUAAGAAUUAUGAGCUUAUGCUUAACUUACAGCUAGGAAUCAGGCAUUCUGUUGGAAGGCCUGCUCCAGCUGCAUCUCUUGACUUGAAGGCUUCAGCUUUUGAUCCCAAGGAGAAAGUGUGGACAAGAUUUCCACCAGAAGGAACCAAAUACACUCCACCCCACCAGUCAUGUGAAUUCAAAUGGAAGGACUAUUGUCCAUUAGUCUUCAGGACUCUAAGGAAGUUGUUCAAGGUGGACCCUGCAGAUUACAUGAUAUCUAUAUGUGGGAAUGAUGCCCUUCGUGAACUUUCAUCUCCCGGAAAAAGUGGCAGCUUCUUUUAUUUGACCAAUGAUGAUCGCUACAUGAUCAAGACAAUGAAGAAAUCGGAAGUGAAAGUGCUAAUCAGGAUGCUGGCAGCCUACUAUAACCACGUUCGAGCCUUUGAGAACACUCUAGUAACCAAAUUUUUCGGUCUGCAUUGUGUGAAGUUAACUGGUCCUAUCCAAAAGAAGGUACGCUUCAUUAUCAUGGGAAAUCUCUUCUGUUCAGAAUAUGCCAUUCAUAGACGCUUUGACUUGAAAGGAUCAUCUCUUGGCCGGGUAACAGACAAGCCUGAGUCAGAGAUUGAGGCAACAACUAUUCUUAAAGACCUUGAUCUAAAUUUCAUAUUCAGACUGCAAAAGUCAUGGUUUCAAGAGUUUUGCAGGCAAGUAGAUAGGGAUUGCGAGUUACUAGAACAGGAGAGAAUAAUGGAUUAUAGUCUUCUGGUUGGUCUUCAUUUUAGAGAAGCAUCAGCUAGUGGAGACCUGAUUCCUUCGGAAGGUGAACCUGAGAUUGAAGGAGCUCCACGGCUUUCUAGAGCAGACAUGGAUCAGCUUCUUCUAGACCCGAGCAGUUGGGCACGAAUACGAUUGGGCGUUAACAUGCCAGUUCGAGCAGAAAGAACGAUAAGAAGAAACGAUUGUGAAGUCCAGCUUGUAGGAGAACCUACUGGGGAGUACUAUGAUGUCAUAAUGUUCUUUGGUAUCAUUGAUAUUCUUCAAGACUACGAUAUCAGCAAGAAGCUUGAGCAUGCUUACAAGUCCAUCCAGUAUGAUCCAACUUCCAUAUCAGCUGUUGAUCCCAAGCAAUACUCGAGGCGUUUUCGCGACUUCAUAUUCAAAGUAUUUUCUGAAGAUAAUUGAAGUUGGAACAUAUCAGCAUUUUUGUUACCGGGUUUUGCGCCGGUGUUUAGCUUCCCAUAUACAGCAUGCCAUUGGAAGACAUUGCCAUGGGAAAUCAAUUCUGAGCUCCAACUUAUUCACAUUGCAGAACUUCACUAGAAAACAUUCUUUUCUUCAAAUUCAAUUCUUUUUCCAGGAAAUAUAGGAAGGUUUCCUGGGGUUCUUGCCACCCUUUUUUUUUUCUCACAUGGAGCUGUAUAUAUGUAUAUUUAUCUUACAUCU